AUGGUUGUCCUUGAUAAGCCAAGUCAUCAGUCCACGCCAGAUAAGUUUGUAAUUUUCGAUGACCCCUCCCCCAUAUCGAUUAGCAACAUUGUCUCUCCCACCAAACCAAAAAUGGCAGCCAUCAUCGCACUCGACUCGAUGAAUCUUGUCCAUCACUUCCUUGUUAUUGUCUUGCUUCUAAUAAUCCCUUGGGCAGCUCCUUUAUCUUUCGAUUUCCCCACUUUCCAACAAAAUGAUCUUACCAACGGUACUGGAUUAUUAAUUACCGAGGGAGAUGCUGUUAUCGCCAACCAAUCCAUUCACCUCACCAAAGACUACGUGGGUGGGGAAACAACUCAUGGAAGUGUUGGCCGAGCGACUUACGGCGAACCCUUCCUCCUUCGGGACAAAGAUACCAGAAAACUUGCCGAUUUCAACACAAGUUUCACAUUUAGAUUUGAUGGCAAAAACAGUACUGUCCCCCCACACGACCAGGGGCUUGCUUUCUUCUUAGCGCCAAACGGAUCCUUACUCAACCGAGCACUUGGAGUAGGUGGCAAUAUGGGCCUCCCAGUCAACAACUCGAUGGAAAAUGUUACAGAGCCGAGCAAUGAGUACCCGUUUGUGGCUGUGGAGUUUGUUACCUUCCGGAAUUCAAGGUCAACGGUGGAAGAUCCAUACUGCGGUCACGUGGGGAUAAAAAUCAACUCUUCGAAUAUUAUUACCAAGCCGUGGAAUAGUGGCAUUAUGGAAAGAGAACAUAAUCGUGCUUGGAUUGGUUAUAAUUCGAGUUCGAAAAAUCUUAGUGUUUCCCUCACCACUUAUGUCAAUGAUGCCCGAGAGCAAGUGAUUAUUUCUCUCAGUUCCUUGGUUGAUCUGAAUAAAUACUCGCCGGAUUGGGUAAUUGUCGGGUUUUCUUCUUCAAUGGGUACUGCUCCCGCUCUGGUUGACAUCAUGUCAUGGGAUUUUACUUCUACUUCACUGGUAGGUGAUGGAUCCCUUGCUCUUUUCAGCCAAGAAAAGAAAGGUCAAUCUCUAGUUCCUAAGCCAAGCCCUAGAACUAAUAAUGUCAAGUCAAGAAGACGGAAGAAACGAAUGGGAGUCGUGAUCAGUAGUGCUAUUGGUGGGUUUAUCUUGGCUUGUAUUUUAGGUUUGGGUUUGUAUAACUCGUGCAAGAAAAGAGCAACAGGAGGAAGGGCUGAUAUAGACCUUACCAUUCCUAAUGAAUUGGGUGAAAAGAUCUCCCUGAAGAAAUUUAGUUAUAAAGAGUUGGCUGGGGCGACGAGGAACUUUUCUGAUGGAGAAUUGCUUGGAGUUGGAAGAUAUGGUGCCUUUUACAAAGGCUGCAUAAAAGAGUGGAACAUACAUGUUGCUGUGAAGAAGAUGUCAAGAUCUGAACUGGUGCUCAAAGAGUAUGCAUCACAAAUAACGAUUAUCAGUCGACUUAGACAUCGGAAUCUAGUGCAACUUCUUGGUUGGUGCCAGCAAAAAGGAGAACUCCUACUUGUCUACGAGUUCAUGCCUAACGGAAGCUUAAACAAUUAUUUAUUCAAAGUACAGAUCUCAUUAGUUUGGGAGGUAAGAUACAAAAUUGCUCAAGACCUGGCUUCUGCAUUGCUUUAUUUACACGAACAUGGCGAAGUAUGUGUGCUCCAUCGGGGGAUCACAUCCAGCAACAUUAUGUUGGAUUCGGAUUUCAAUGCUAAACUUGGGGAUUUUAGAUUAGCUCGGUAUCCACGUGAAAAGUACUGGGACACUAUGUUAUUAGCUCUGGAGUAUGCUGCCACACGGACAGUUACCAAGAAAUUUGACGUCUACAGCUUCGGAGUUGUUGCUUUGGAGAUUUCCUGUGGGAGAAAGGCCAUCGAACCAAGGUUGGCAAGUGGUCGAGUCAAUAUAAUUGAGUGGGUUUCAGAGCUUUAUGGAGAAGGGAAGAUCAUCGAAGCAGCUGACCCGAAGUUGUGUGGAAGUUUUGAUGGAAAACAAAUGGAGUGCUUGUUGAUUGUCGGGCUGUGGUGUGCUCAUCCAUAUUACAGUUUCAGACCUUCAAUGCGACAAGUGAUCCAAGUGCUUAAUUGCGAGGUCGAAGUUCCGUUGCUCAUUCCUGACAUAUCACUCUCAGCGUCAUCUAGUUCUACCACCAGUUUUCAAGAAAACAGUGGGUCCUCAGGCCAUGGAGAUAUGGAUAACACCAAUUCCUUGGUUCCGGAACGUGUUGUUGAGAGCUUAGACCCUUCGGAACCUGUCACUGUGGCCUUACACCCAGAGUCGAAUAUUGCUACACCCCUGUCAAGGACGCCAAUGACUACCUCUCCUGACAUACCACUCUCAGCGUCGUCUAUUUCUACCACCCGUAUUGAGAAUAAAAAAAAGGGUCCUCAAGCCAUGGUUUCCUUGGUCCCUGAAGGUGUCAUUGUGAUCUUAGACCUAGCAGUACUCUCAUCAAGGUCGCCAACGACUACCUCUCCUGACAUAUCACUCUCAGCGUUGUCUAGUUCUACCACCAGUUUUCAAGAAAAAAGUGGGUCCUCAGGCAAUGGCGAUAUGGAUAACACCAGUUCGUUGGUCCCGGAAUGUGUUGUUGAGAGCUUAGACCCUUCGGAUUCAGGGUAG